CCGCUAACAAUUAUUUCGCCCACUACCUGAACCACAAGGUGCCUGAACCCUGCUCGCUUUUUCGACUUCUCAGACAGCGAUCGGCUUCUCUUUUGCAGUUGGACACAACCACCACGCAAACUUUUCCUCGUCUCGCCAGACAUCGUUGUCGCAAAGACCCGUUCGGUUUUCUAGAUCAUCACUACCAAAUCGCAAACAUGCCUGGAAAGAAGUGGGACGAGGAAGAGGAGGAGUCUUCCGCCCCCAACUCGCCCGUCCUUGCCCCCGGCCGCCGCCGCUUCGACGAUGAGGAGGGUAACGAGAGCGACGUUCUCGACUCGUGGGAUGCCGCCGAGGACUCCGAGGUAGAGCGCGAGAAGGCGAAGAAGGCUGAAGAGGCCAAGGCCAAGGCCGAGGCCGAAGCCGCCGCCAACAAGAAGUCCAAGGCGCAGCGCAUCGCCGAGCGCCAGGCCGAGCGCGCCCGCCAGCUGGCCGAGGAUUCGGAUGCGGAGGAGGAGACCGAGGCCGAGCGCCGCGAGCGCCUCCGCCGCGAGCAGAAGGAGUCCGAUCUCAAGCACGCCGAGGACCUGUUUUCCGGCAUCGGCAUCAGUAACGACCGCAAGGUCGUCAGCAAGGGCACCAUUGUCCAGAUCGACCCCAAGGACCCCAACAACACCAUCGACAUCUCGACCCUCGCCCUCUUCAACCCCACCACCAAGACCCAGUUCGAGACCCUCCGCACCACCCUCGGCCCCAUGGUCGGCAAGCUCUCGCCCAAGCCGCACUACACCCUCUUCCUCCAGGAGUUCGCCAAGCAGCUCGCCAAGGACCUCAAGAGCGACGAGAUCAAGAAGAUUGCUAGCACCUUGACUGCUCUCAGCAACGAGAAGCUCAAGGAGGAGAAGGCUGCCGAGAAGGGUGGCAAAAAGAGCAAGGCUGCCAAGACCAAGACCUCGCUCGCUGGUGUUGGCCGUGGUGGUGCCAUGGCUGAGGCUCACGACACCUACGAGGAGGAUGCUUUCGGAGAUGACGACUUCAUGUGAAAGGCUUCUACCGAAAAAUCACGAUCGUCCGCUUCGUGUGGAAGAGAGGCCUCGAGUCCUCUCUC